AAAAUGUCGGGAGGAUCGGAAAGGUUGAAAAUGGGAAGGAAUUUGUCUCCAGGAAACUCAAACACCGCACAACAGUUUUGUUAUCUCUGUCUAGAUAUUUAAGAAGUGGAGCAAGGGAUUCAAUCAGCCAUCCUUCCUGCUCAGACUGUGGAGAGGGAUUCACUUGGUCAUUUGACCAAAUUGCAAGCCUGUCAUUUUACACAGGAGAAAGGCCGUUCACCAGCUCAGACAGUGGGAAUGGAUUCACUCAGUCAUUUCAACUGAAGGUACAUCAGCAAGUUCACACUGGGCAAGGCCAUUCAUCUGUUCUGUGUGUGAGAAAGGAUUCUGCCGGGCAUCCCACCUGUGGACAAACCAGUCAGAUCACACUGGGCAGAGGCUGGUCAUCUGCUGAAUUUCGGGGAGGGGAUUCUCUCGGUUAUCUGAUCUAAUGGCUCACCAGCGACUUCACACCAGGGGGCGGCCGUUCACCUGUUCAGAAUGUGGAAAGGGAUUCACUCAGUCAUCCCACCUACUGAGCCAUCAGCGAGUUCACACUGGGGAGAAGCCGUUCACUUGCUCAGUCUGUGGGAAGGGAUUCACUGAGUCAUCCAACCUACUGAGUCAUCAGCGAGUUCACACUGGGGAGAGGCCAUUCACCUGCUCAGUCUGUGAUAGGAGAUUCACUGUGUCAUCCCACCUAUUGGUACAUCAGCGAGUUCACACCGGGGAGAAGCCGUUCACCUGCUCAGUCUGUGAGAAGAGAUUCACUUGGUCAUCCCAACUACUGGCACACCAGUUUGUUCACACUGGAGAGAAGCCGUUCACCUGCUCAGAAUGUGGGAAGGGAUUCACACUGUCAUCCCGCUUACUGGUCCAUCAGCGAGUUCACACUGGGGAGAAGCCAUUCACCUGCUCUGUCUGUGGGAAGAGAUUCACUGCAUCAUCCAACCUACUGGUACAUCAGCGAGAUCACACUGGGGAGAGGCCAUUCAUCUGCUCAGUCUGUGGGAGGGGAUUCACUCAGUCAUUCAGACUACAGAGUCAUCAGAGAGUUCACACUGGGGAGAAGCCGUUCACCUGCUUAGUCUGUGGGAAGAGAUUCACUGAGUCAUCCAGCCUACAGAGACAUCAGCGAUUUCACACUGGGGAAAAGCCGUUCACCUGCUCAGUCUGUGGGAAGAGAUUCACUGAGUCAUCCAGCCUACAGAGUCACCAGCGAGUUCACACUGGGGAGAAGCCAUUCACCUGCUCAGACUGCGGGAAGAGAUUCACUGAUUUAUCCAACCUACAGAGACAUCAGCGAGUUCACACUGGGGAGAAGCCAUUCACCUGCUCAUUCUGUGGGAAGGGGUUUAAUGAGUCAUCCUACCUACAGAGACAUCAGCGAGUUCACACUGGGGAGAAGCCAUUCAACUGCUCAGUCUGUGGGAAGGGAUUCACUGAGUCAUCCAACCUACAGAGACACCAGCGAGUUCACACUGGGGAGAAGCUGUUCAUCUGCUCAGUCUGUGGGAAGAGAUUCACUGAGUCAUUUAACCUACAGAGACAUCAGCGAAUUCACACUGGGGAGAAGCCGUUUACCUGCUCAGUCUGUGGGAAGGGAUUCACUCAGUCAUCCCACCUACAGAGUCAUCAGCAAGUUCACACUGGGGGGAAGUCGUUCACCUGCUCAGUCUGUGGGAAAGGUUUCACUCAGUCAUCCCAACUACUGGCACACCAGUCAGAUCACAACAGGGAGUGGCCGUUGUUAUGAAUCCCUAGGUUUCGUUUGCUGUGGACUGUCAUUUUAAAAGAGAAAGUGUGAGGUUAAGAAGUCAAAUCAGUCUGACUUGCAGCUUGUUUAGUUUUAAUCGAGGACACGGACGCUCAGAGUCAGAUUGAGACAGAGGAAAAAUGGAAGGAUUGAAACCAGGGAGCUGGUGGCCAAGGGUCAUUUUUCAGAAAUUUCCUAUGCCCGCAAGGGUGGGUUAAUUAUCAAUUCACCA